AGCCUGGCUGUGCUCCCUCAGGAAGCUGACAGGUGUUGGGUCUCUCACCGAGCCGUGGCUCUGAUCCCGUCCGGCGGGCAGGACGCUGCUGGGCUCGCGGUCACGCUCGGCAGGUGUUUCCCUCGGGUCACGUUCCCCGUCCUCGCGAUGUCCUCUUUGAUAAUGCGCUCGGUGCCGCCGAGUCGAGCGCGAGCCUCUUGUGCUCAUGGCAGAUCGAUCCUAUAGAUCCAUCUGAUGAGCGGCGGAGAGGGAAGUUUACCUCCAGCGACCUGAGCCGAGAGGCGGAUCACUGCACGGCGGUUCAUCCUACACGCUGCAACGUUUCAGAUGAUUCAUGACAAAUUAAACCUGAUGACUCUUAGUGUUGAACAUCAGAGUCCUUCUGACGGACUGCGGGGAGGCUGAGAGAGGGCCGGCUGAUCAGGACCGCAGCUGCUGCAGACAUGAUUCUGUGAGGCCGCUGCAUGAGGCAGCCUGGACGAACAUGAUGGAGGAGGCUGCCAGUCAGCUCGAGAGGGACCACGUGCACAGCGUCUACGACAAGAUCGCUCCAUAUUUCAACGACAGCCGCUAUAAAGCCUGGCCGAAGGUACGACAGUUCCUGCUGGAGCUGCAGCCAGGGAGCAUCGUCGCUGAUAUCGGUUGUGGCAAUGGCAAGUACCUCCACAUCAACAAGGAGGUGUUCAAGCUGGGGUGCGAUGUCUGUCGCCCCCUGGUGGACUUUGCCUGGAGUCAGGGACACGAGGUCCAGAUGUGCGACGGGCUGCAUUUGCCUUACAGAGACGGGUGCUUCGACGCUGUGCUCUCUAUUGCAGUCAUCCAUCACUUGUCCACCAAAGAGCGUCGUAUUCGAGCAAUAAAGGAGAUGGCGCGCACUCUGAGGGUGGGCGGACGCAUCAUGAUCUACGUGUGGGCCAUGGAGCAGAAACGCCGAAAGUUUGAGAAACAGGACAUCUUCGUCCCCUGGAACCCCAAUCCGCACUCGCCCAGACGGAGGGCGGCAGCUCAGAGCGUGAGCGAAGCCAUAGACAACACCGACAAGCACAGGAAGGUUAGAAGCACAUCCUCCGUGGCGGACGAAGAAGAUCUGACCUGCGCCACGCCACAGCAGAGGACACAGAGACUGUGGUUCUUCUCCAGGUCCCUGGAUUCUGUGUUCGACUUCGGAAGCUUGGCCAUCUCCCGGUCGUCCUCCAGAGACCUGAGCACUUUAUCUUCACCCACAGGGGAGAACGAGGGGAACAAGGCCAGCCAGCGUGGGAGAGGCCGGGGCCUCAUUAAGCAAGUGUCGAGCUUCUUUUCCCCGCCGUCUGUGAUUGGAUCAGAGGAGGACGUCUUCGACUCAGUCACAGACCCGCACAAGGGACAAAACAACCCUGGAGGCAACAACAACAACAACGGCACAGGAAACCAGAGCGUCUCAGUAUCUUUAGCCCAGGAGUGUGGCUCUCUAGCCCUGCCGGAUCUGGUCCCUUUCCAGAAAGAGCACCUGAAGCCGGCUGGAGAUGAAAGCGGCCGAGCCCCGCAGGGAGGAGAGCAGCAGGAAAGCACAAAGAGUCCUCGGGGGAGCGAGGGGCAGGUGGAGGGCUCCUGCCUGAGGUACUACCACGUCUUCAGGGAGGGAGAACUGGCAGAGCUGAUAGAGCAUCAUGUCGAGGAGCUUCACGUCAAACACACCUACUUUGAUCACGCCAACUGGUGUGUGGUGGCAGAGAAGGUUCAGCUGUGGAAAAUCUGAUUUUAACUUGUUCGUUUUUUAAAUUUUUGCAUCAACUCUGCCUCAAGUUAUCGCACUGAAUCACACAUUCUAUGGUCAUCCACUGAAAGGUGUAGAAAUAUACAGAUGUAGCCAUUGUUGCAGAACACUAAGUUAUUCAACUCACAUAACAGUAUGGACUUUGUUUUUUUAAUCUAGCAUUAAAUCUUCUUUUGGAUGUUUUUUAGCAGCAGGAUUUCGAUGCUCAACAAUGGCUACCACUGUGUACUACACCACAGUGUUAAAGUAUUUAUUAUAUUUCAAUAGAAACCAAGAAGCAGUGUCCAGAUAUCCAUUGCUUGUUAUCUUUUAAUGUCAAUGAUUUGUUUUUAUUAUCCAACCACAGCAAGCUCUAGUGCUGUUAAUGACUCUUUUUUUAAAAGGAGCAUUUCUGCAAAGGGACACGAUAAGAAAUGCACUGAACUCCUCUUUGGACUUUUUAAUAUGAGCCAAAGAGGAAUUUGUGAGAUUAGUUUACUCUUCCUUCCACUCUUAAAUGUUUUAAUGUGCUAAUCGCAGUGGAAAUAAUGUGUACUUUUAUUCUUUGCGUCUGCCUGUUUUACCAUUAAUUGCACGUUCUUUUAACUCUGAAUAUGAGGAGCUAAACCUGCAGCCAAGUAUCUGUUUAUGGACUUUGUUUCUGUGAACUGCUUGUGUGUAAUCCGUCAUCGGAGGAGCUCAAAGUUGUGCAGAAUUAUCUUCCAAAACAUUUGUGCAGUUGCUCGUUGUGUUUCAAAGAACGUGUCGCUGGUGUGUGUGUGUGUGUGUGCACGCGCUUGAUGUUUGCAAUAGUCAUGCACUGUCUCGUGUUGAAGUAACAAAUCAACUGCCUCAUAUACUGUGAAUGAACAUUGCACUGUACCACUAAAAUGUCGCUGCUUGGUGUCAGUGAAAGACAUAACAAUUAAGUGAAACUUGAAAACAUGCUGGUGAUCUGUACCCAUUGUGCCAAAGACGGUACACAUCGUAUCAGUGCAGUAUGUGUGGACCAACUGUGUUUGUUCUGAAGUGACACUGGUACCUUAAUGUCUUAUGUGACCCGAUGGAAACACUUAAGUUUGUUUUUUUUCCUCAUUAAAUAUUUUUGUUCAUGA